UCGGAAAAGCCUAUGGCAAGUGGGCCCGCUUAUCAUGAUAUUCAAGGUUAUAUGCCUAAAAGAAAAGAAUUUGAAGUGGAACCAUUGAAUGAUGCAGAGCAGGUGAUCAAAGAUCUAGCAUUUUAUCAAGACGACACCGAACAAGAUAUUCGACUCAAGUUGCACAUGUUAGAUAUCUAUAAUACAAAACUGGAUCGACGAAUGGAAUACAAACGAUUUGUUUUUGAACGACAAUGGUUAGAUUUUCGUGCACAACGACGAUGGCAUGAAAGGAAACGAUCUAGUUUAGAAAAGAAACUUGUCAAUCAAACCAAAGUAUUUUGUCGUCUUCAAACUGCUGCAGAUUAUGAACACUUUGUCCAUGGUCUGGUGCGUGAACAACAAUUACGAGACCGUAUUGCUCAACUACAACAUUGGCGUUAUGUGGCCGGUGUAUCCACUCUACAGCAAGGUGAACAAUACGAAAGAGAUAAACAACAUCGUUUGGAAUAUCUUAAACAAUUAUUAGCCACUACUCAUGAACGACUUCAAAUCGCUGGCUCGAUCCCUUCUUCUUCUUCUUCUUCUUCAACUACGACAUCAAUCAAUACCAUGCCAAGACUCAUGCCCAAUCGACCAUUACCUUUUAGAACGCCUACUGUACCUUCUCCUGCUCAACCAACUGCACGCAAGCCAGCCAAUCCACUUGAUAUUUCUACUGCGGAUGGGAUUGAUUUAUUAACCCCGGAAGAACAAAAACUAUGUUCCACAUUACGUCUACUACCACGUCCUUACUUGGUCAUCAAGGAUACUAUUUUGGCUGCUUAUGCGAAACAAGGCUUUUUGAAACGACGAGCCACUCGUGCUUUGAUCAAGAUUGAUGUCAAUAAAACUAGCAAGAUUUAUGAUUUCUUCAUUGAAAGUGGUUGGAUCACGGCA